AUGGCUUCCGUGACCACCGCCACCCCGGUUCCUCCGCCCGUCUACAGCCCCACACCGGCGGCGCAGCCACCACCCGGUCAGCCGGACAUAAGCUACCACCCGGACUGGGAUAAAUACCAGGCCCGGGUCGCCCGGCGCCUCCAAACAGAGGACCUCCCAAAGCACCUGCCUGCGGGCUUCCCGAAGGAGUUGAAGGGUGACCUGGUCUGGGACGGCGACACCCUCGCCCAGAAAUACGAUUGGACGUACGUGCUCUCCGAGACGCAACUUGACGAGAUUGACAGCGCCCUCGCGCAUUUCAAGUCGUUGAACCUCGCCCUCGGAUACAUCACCCGCGAGACGUUUCCCCUGCCCACGCUGCACGCGGAGCUGCGCCGUCUAUCUCGCGAGCUGCACUUUGGCCAUGGAUUCUUCGUUCUCCGUGGCCUUGACGUCGACCGCUAUUCCCGCCAAGAAAAUAUCAUCAUAUACACAGGCGUCUCCUCCCACAUCGGCUCCAUCCGCGGCCGCCAAGAUGCUUACUACAAGGGCGAGCGCGCCGAUGUGGUUAUCGGCCACAUCAAGGACGUCCGGUCCACCCUCGGUGAGAGCAGGGAUAAGGACGCCAUCAAGAUCGGUUCUCCGGCCUACACUGCGGACAAGCAGGUCUUCCACACGGACUCUGGUGAUAUCGUCUCGCUGUUUGCCCUGUCGACAGCGGCGUCUGGGGGUGCUAGUCGUCUUGCGAGCACGUGGCGUGUGUAUAACCACUUGGCCGCAACGAGACCCGACCUCAUCCAUACGUUGAGCGGAAUAUGGGAAGCGGAGCUGUUCACCAAGACUGUCGAUGACAAGGACAGGUUCAUGAGUCGCCCCUUGCUGUACCACCAGCCCGCCAGCGCAGAUGGCAAGACUCCUGACAGGGUCAUCCUCCAGUAUGGUAGGCGAUACUACGUUGGAUUCGGGGAGCUGCCGCGUCGCAGCCACCUCCCACCCAUUACCGAGGCCCAGGCCGAAGCCCUCGACGCCAUACACUUCCUAGGCGAGCGGUUCAGCGUCUCGACCAACUUCGAAAAGGGCGACAUGCAGUACGUCAAUAACUGUGCCAUCUUCCACUCUCGCGACGCCUUUGUCGACACAAAGGAAAAACAGAGACAUCUGCUACGCCAGUGGCUCCGCGACCCCGAGUAUGCAUGGGAGACCCCGGCACCGCUUGCCGCCAGAUGGGAUCGCGUCUUCGGUGGCGUGACGCCUGAGCUACAGACGUUCCCUCUUGAGCCUCAUACCCGUAGCGAGAGCACUCCCAUCACGAAAGCAUCAAACUAG